AUGACCACAACGACAUGUCGGCCAGAAGCACCAACCCAGCACUCCAACAUCAACACACGGAACGAAGCAAGCAAACGGAAUUCAGGCGUAGAAAUCCAACCAAGGCGCCACGGGACAUACGACGUACACGUCGUCUCGCCACAUGUAUAUCCAAAUCAGCAUCAUGGUUCACAUUUCCAUUCACAUUCAGACAUACCCUCUCCCUCCUCCGCUUCUUCUCCUCUCCAACACGAACACGAACACGAAACCAGACGCAGAACUAGACAUACCGAUCAAGAACGAGAGCUAGAACGCGAGCGAGCAAAGAACAAAGCUAAAAUCGCAACCACACCCAUUCAAACCUCCACCAAAAAUAGCUCUUCUCCUCUGCCCCUCCCAGCAUGGUUCACGGCCCGAGAUCAGCGUCCGAGUCCAGAUGUAGAUGUAGAUACUGGAUAUGUUGACAGCAACAGGAGUAGGAAUAGGAGGAAUAGUGUAGCAAUGGCGGCAGCGGCAGCGGCGGAAAUAGCGCAUCAGAGUUUAUCGCGAGAUUUACACAGCAUGUAUUCUUGCACCCCCUCGUCCGCCUCUUUUUCCGCCUCACGCACCUCCUUCUCUUCCCCAUAUUCCUCGUUUCCAUCGUACCCAUCUAGAAAAGCUACUCCCAGUCCCAGUCCCAGUCCCAGUCCCAGUCCGGGUUCUGAUGCGCAAAUACAUCGAGCCAUGCACAUGCAUAUACGGGAUAGACACGACACUGGCAAAGAGCAUGUUUCUGUUCGGUCUAUGUGGCAGCGGCAGCGGCAGUGGCAGCAGAGGGGACAGUAUAGUGAUAUGUGUAAAGCGGGAUAUGAGGGGGUUUUGUGCGGGGAAUAUGCACGAGAUAUAGGGUACACCACUGCUGCUGCUGCUGCUGUUGCUGGGGAGCGGGUGGCUAGAAAUGGGACUGGUAAUAGGAUAGUGCUUGUGGAGAGAAGGGGCGAGAAAUGUGUUUUUGUGAGGCGGCGGAAGCAAUGA